UUCGCCUCUUCGGCCUGCCUGCCACAUUGUCAAUUGGCAAAAGGCUUAGUUUUCUUUCUUUCUUCCUGUUAUGCCUUCAACUUUCCUAGAAAGUGUACUCUCUGUCUAUGUGAUUGUUAACUCCGUAACAGGGUCGGGUCGGGUCCAGUAGUAAAUCCAGCGAGAGAGAGCGAGCGAUCGAGUUUUUUCAAGUCGGGGUAGGAUCUUGAAAUUUUGUUUCAAGUGAGAAUUGUUUGACUCGUAAGAUAGAUAGAGAAAGAGAUGUCGAGUUUGCAAAGGGAUUUCAAUCAGAAGAUAGAUUACGUGUUCAAAGUGGUGCUGAUAGGAGACUCAGCAGUGGGGAAAUCGCAGCUCUUAGCGCGCUUCGCAAGGAAUGAAUUCAAUAUCGAUUCCAAGGCGACGAUCGGCGUCGAAUUCCAAACCAGAACUCUGCUUGUCGAUCACAAAACCAUCAAGGCUCAGAUUUGGGAUACAGCUGGUCAAGAGAGGUUUUCCUUGUUCGAUGUGUGGUGUUGGUGGUUCACCCAGGUACCGGGCGGUUACAAGUGCAUAUUACAGAGGAGCCGUGGGGGCAAUGCUGGUCUAUGACAUAACUAAGCGUCCAUCAUUUGAUCAUGUUGCAAAGUGGCUAGAGGAACUGCGUGGACAUGCAGAUAAAAAUAUUGUGAUAAUGCUUGUGGGCAACAAGUCUGACCUCGGCUCCCUUCGAGCUGUACCCGUAGAGGAUGCUAAAGAAUUUGCACAAAGGGAAAGCCUCUUCUUCAUGGAGACAUCAGCCCUUGAGGCCACCAACGUGGAAUCAGCUUUCCUUACAGUUCUAACAGAAAUAUACCGAAUCAUCAGCAAGAAAAACCUGGUAGCCAAUGAUGAACAAGAGUCUGGAGGUAAUGCAUCACUUCUCAAGGGAACCAAGAUCGUCGUCCCUGGACAGGAGCCAGAAACAGGAGGAAAGAGUUCCAGUUGUUGUGCAUCAUCCUAGGAGUUUCUCCUUUCAACUAACGCAUGUGGGGAAUGGUGCUAUCUAUAGGGCUAGGAAACACCCUUCUUUAAGUGCUCUCUCUUCCUUUGAGCGAGUCUUAUCCAUCUAAUUUUAGUAGCAUCAUACCAUCUUUAUGUGUCAGGCCAGGGAUCCUUUGCAGAGAUUUGGUGUAUCAAGUAAUCGCAUUUCAGUUGUUAUUGUUGAUUGGUGCAUAGGUUUUGGUUCAAACCUGCAAUGAUGUAAUGUAUUUUACGUGAAGAUCUGGCUUGUAAUCUGUAUCUGACUCAUAAAUUCUCACAUGGUUCGGGGAUUAUUUAGUUGCCAGUAAAUUUUCUCAAUUAUACAAAGUACGCUAAAUUGCAGUUUGUGAUU